AAACAUCAUUAGACGCGCAUACAUACACAACUCAGUCAGAUCUCCGAGAAAGCGGACACUCUCGAAGAGUUCAUGAAGAGAUGUUACACUGUGAAUGUCUUUAGAGCGCGUUGACACGGACGUGGACUGUAUUUUCGGGGUUGCGCUGGUCGGAUCAUAAGGCAGAUUCAGGGGAGGGACGCCAGCAGCAGCAGCUCCCGGUCUCAUUGCUCACACACAGGGAAAAGACACAGGGCUGACACUGAUGGUGCUGCGCCUCUGAGAGAGAGAAAAAAAACCUUCACCUGGGAGAAUUCACCUGAAAUUUGAGGGAAACCGCAUUGGAACACUAUGGAGAUGUCAGAAUCAGUCUCACAGCAGGAGCGGCUCCAGGCUAUUGCAGAAAAGAGGAAAAGACAGAUAGAAAUUGAGAAUAAGAAAAGACAACUAGAGGAUGACCGACGGCAGCUUCAGCACCUCAAGUCAAAGGCACUGAGGGAAAGAUGGCUGCUGGACGGUGCGCCCUCUGCAGGACCGGAUGAAGACGAGACCACAAAACAGUUGCGGGAAGAUGAGGCCAAAACCAGAGGUCUUGAGGAGACCAUUCUGAGACUGGAGAGAGAGCUGGAGGAGCUAGAGACAGCUGUAUCUGCAACAUCCACCAAAGAGGACCUGUCAGACGCAGUACAGGAAAUCAACACCAAGACAGUCGAAAAAACGGUUGUGACAGACUCUGUAAAAGAGGUCAAAGUUCACGUCAGCCCUCGUCUGGAGAAAUCCGGAGGUGUCUCUGACAUGAUGAGAGCAGCGAUGUACUCCGUAGAGAUCACAGUUGAGAAGGACCUGGUGACGGGCAAGACCAAAGUCCUGUCCACUAACACACUGCUCCCCAAAGACCUCUCGCAGCAGGGCGUCAAGGUCUAUGAGGAUGAACAGAAAGUGGUGCAUGAGGUGCGCAGUGUGGACGGUGCAGUAACCAACGGCGUUCACCAGCUCAGCUCUUCAGAGGUGGACGAGCUUCUCCACAAGGCUGAUGAGGUGACCAUGAGCGAGAGCAGCAGCAAGACAACACCGCAACUGGAGCGAGGGCAGGCCGAGAAGGUGGAGAAGGUAGAGAAAGACGUAGUCCCAGCCACAGCCCCCAUAAAGGAGAUCACAGGUGUAGAAGCCAAACCCGCAGCCCCUCAGACAGAAGUGGGCGGGGCCAGCGCGGAGAACCCAGUUACGAUGGUUUUCAUGGGCUACCAGAGCGUUGAGGACGAGGAUGAAACAAAGAAGGUUUUGGGGCUGGAGAGCACGACUGUGAAGGCUGAGGUGGUGCUCAUCGAGGAUGGAGAUGCCAAGACUGCCACCAGUGACAGCAAGCAGGAACAGGCGCCCCCUAAUGGCAGCUCAGCAGAGCCACCGAAGGCUGAAGAGGCAGCAGGCGAGUCGGGGCAGCCAGAAGGGGGCGCUGCUGAAGUCAAAAGCAAGGAGAAACAACCCUGCAAGUGCUGCACCAUCAUGUGAGCCCAAACACGCCCUCCCAAACACGGACUUUACUGAUGAAAUGCAACAACAUGCAGAGAGAACAAUAGCAAAGCUGAAAGGAAUAAAAGUUCAGUAUCUUUUGAUAGAAGCUGUUGUUUCCUUAAUUGAUUUCUACCUGUUUUAUAUUUUUGCUAUUACUUUAUCUUUUCCCCUUGAUCCUUUCUAACCUCAUUUAAAUUUUACGCAUUUUUUGGGGAUUUAUUGUGGCUGAAAUGAAUCACAUCAUUUGCACUCCUGUGAGAGAAGCAUGACGAUUUGACCGUUUAACUGAACUGAACGGAUCACUAUCAAACAAGCCCAUUUAAUUAGCAUUUUCAUUUUUUGAAUGAUUCCAAUUUGUCACAUAAUUGUAUGUGCAUAUGUUGCGUGCACUACAAAGUAUUUUCACUUUCACCUCAAAAGAAAAC